AUGGCUAGAAUAUGUUUGAACGUGCUUGUCGGCAUCCCGGGGUCAGGGAAAACCACCUACUGUCAGCAGCUCGUUGCGUUACCGGGCCGAAGGUUUGCAGUUGUUCACGUAUGUUAUGAUUCGUACAUCAAGAUUGAUCGUCAUUAUGAUACGUUUCGGGAUGUGACCGGUUUGUACAAGACAAGCCGUCAGAAGCUAUUAACUUACAUUGAAAUGAUCAUACAUGCGCUGAAAGAGAACGAUCACUCUCAACUAGAUGAAGCGUUGUUUCGUUUGCGUCAAGAAUUUAAACAUGAAUUGUGCAUUUCUUCAAGCCUAAUGCGCUCAGACGUUGUGUUCGUAAUCGAUGAUAAUAACUACUACAGAAGCAUGCGCGUAGAAUGGCAAAAGAUUGCCCGGAAACUUUCCAUCGGUUAUUUCGAAUCCUAUUUCGACACGUCUCUUUCGCUUGCUCUGGAACGGAAUCGGGAAAGAGCCCUUCCAAUCGGUGAAGAUGUAAUCAAUCGUAUGUGGGCGCGUUUAGAAAAACCAUGCGGCAAGCUUUACCACCAAGAGCAUGACUUCAUAACAAUUAACGGCCUCAGUGUCGAUUACGAAGUCAUUGUGACAAAGAUACAAUAUUGCUUUGAACAUCCUCAGGAAAGCCCAGCAGUACAGAUGGUAGCAGAACCGAUGGAACAAUCAAACGUUCACAAGGUAGACAUUAUUUUGAGAAAAUUGGUAUCAAAAAAGAUCACCGAAGCGAAAGAUUCGAUGACGGCAACGAAGCAAAAUUUGCAAUCGUACGUCAAAGUGCUGCAGGAAAGGAAAAAGUACGUACUGGAGCAGAUUCGAACGCGUGAGCUUGAUGUAGCGGAGGAAAUGAUGAAUAACAUUGUAGAAGACUUAUUCUAAUUCAGUUUUUUUUCGUAAAUUUAAGAAUGUUCAAUAAAGCAUAAUAAAGAAAAUCA